AUGGCAGCCCGAACAGACAACGUUGAGAAGAUUGACAAACACAUUCUCUCACGUUACGAGAUAGUUAAUAAAAUCGGUAAGGGGGCUUAUGGCGUUGUUUGGAAAGCGAUGGAUAAAGUUACACAUCAAAUGGUUGCACUCAAAAAGAUUUUUGGGGCUUUCCGAAAUUCAACAGAUGCACAACGUACUUUUCGAGAGAUCACUUUUCUUCGUCAAUUAAGAGGUCAUCCUCAUAUAGUUGAUUUACUAGCUGUUUAUAAAGCUGUAAAUAAUCUUGAUUUAUACGUUGUAUUUGAACUUCUUGAAUCAGAUGUUCAUUCUGUUAUUCGUGCAAAUAUCCUUAUGGAUGUGCAUAAACGCUUUAUUGUUUGGCAAGUACUUGUUGCAUUAAAAUAUCUUCACUCCAGACGCUUAAUUCAUCGAGAUCUCAAGCCUUCAAAUUUACUCAUAAAUUCUGAUUCAAAAGUCAAGCUUUGCGACUUCGGACUUGCUCGAACAUUUUCAGAAGGUGAUAUUUGUCAGUCAGUUAUGACUUAUUAUGUCUCUACAAGAUGGUACAGAUCACCAGAGCUCAUUAUUGGCUCAAAUCACUAUAAUGAAGGUGUUGAUAUGUGGGCAGUUGGUUGCAUUGUUGCCGAACUUUAUGCCGGCCGUCCACUUUUCCCAGGCACAUCCACAUUGGAUCAAAUGGAACGUGUCGUUUCAUUAACAGGUCCACCAUCUGCUGCUGAUAUUGCAUCAAUGCAUUCCGAAUUUGCUGAAACAAUGAUUGCCAAUCUGAGUUACAGUCAACCACGAAUGACCCUUCCACAAAAGCUUCCAAUGGCAGAUGCAGACACAAUUGAUUUCAUAUCCAAACUUCUUGUUUUCAAUCCUACUCAAAGAAUGAAUGUAGAACAGUGCUUAAAUCACCCUUAUGUAGCUCAAUUCCACAAUACUGAAGAAGAAGCUGCUUCGACAGAACCAAUCAAAUUGGCUUUAUCUGAUAAUAAGAGAUACACCGUCAAAGAUUACAGAAAUAAAUUAUAUAAAGAAAUGCUCUCUAGAAUCGGCAACGAACCUUCAAAGCCACUCGAAACUGUUCCAAUUACAUUUUAA